AAGUCUUCAAUAGAGGAUCAAAUAUGUAAUAUACUAAAAAUGUGUUGUCCUUCGUCGUCGUCUCCCUAAAUUGGUCCGUCAUUCUCUCUUUCGCUCUCUGGGCUUUAAAGUUCAGUUCACUCCGAUUCUCACUUUCGUUUCCGUCGGAUUCUCUCUUUCUGGUGACCGGAGUUCCGUCGCUUUACUUUAUUCCUAUCGAAGACAAGGUUUACAGAACUGCAAGCGCUUGCCAUCAAUCAUGUCUAGAGAGGAUUUGAGUGAUACUCUUCGGAUACUUGUUGCAACUGAUUGCCACUUGGGCUACAUGGAGAAGGAUGAAAUAAGGCGCCACGAUUCCUUCAAGGCUUUUCAAGAGAUUUGCUCUAUUGCUGAGGAUAAACAGGUGGACUUCUUACUCCUUGGAGGUGAUCUUUUCCAUGAGAAUAAACCCUCUCGAACUACGCUUGUUAAAGCCAUUGAGAUUCUUCGUCGCCAUUGCCUUAAUGAUAAACCCGUCCACUUUCAAGUUGUCAGCGACCAGACUGUCAAUUUUCAAAAUGCGUUUGGUCAUGUAAAUUAUGAGGAUCCACACUUCAAUGUAGGCUUGCCCGUCUUUAGUAUUCAUGGAAACCAUGACGAUCCAGCUGGAGUGGACAACCUUUCUGCAAUUGAUAUCCUCUCAGCAUGCAACCUCGUGAAUUAUUUUGGAAAGAUGAAUCUUGGUGGUUCAGGUGUUGGCCAGAUUUCUCUCUACCCUAUACUUAUGAGGAAGGGUUCAACAACUGUGGCUCUCUAUGGUUUAGGAAACAUCAGGGAUGAACGUCUCAACAGAAUGUUUCAGACCCCACACGCUGUCCAAUGGAUGAGGCCUGAAGUUCAAGAAGGAUGUGACGUUUCUGACUGGUUCAAUAUUCUGGUGCUUCAUCAAAAUAGGGUGAAAUCAAACCCCAAAAAUGCAAUAAGCGAGCACUUUCUUCCUCGGUUCCUCGACUUCAUUGUGUGGGGCCAUGAGCAUGAAUGCCUUAUCGACCCCCAGGAGGUAUCUGGAAUGGGCUUCCACAUCACACAACCAGGAUCUUCUGUGGCAACAUCACUGAUUGAUGGGGAAUCAAAGCCAAAGCAUGUUCUUCUCUUAGAAAUCAAGGGCAAUCAAUAUCGUCCUACGAAGAUACCUUUGACAUCUGUGAGGCCUUUUGAGUAUACAGAGGUAAAAAAAAAAUUCCUUAUAUGUUAUGGCGGUGAGAGACUUCUAUGCUUACAUGUAUUCAAAAUGCAGAUUGUUUUAAAGGAUGAAGAUGAUAUUGAUCCCAAUGAUCAAAACUCAAUUCUCGAACACUUGGAUAAAGUGGUCAGAGAUCUAAUAGAAAAAGCAAGCAAAAAAGCUGUCAACAGAUCAGAUAUCCAGCUCCCCUUGGUUCGAAUCAAGGUAGAUUACUCUGGAUUUAUGACGAUAAAUCCUCAAAGAUUUGGACAAAAAUAUGUGGGAAAGGUUGCAAAUCCCCAGGACAUUUUAAUAUUCUCCAAAGCUUCUAAGAAAGGUCAACGCGAAGGCACCAUCGAUGAUUCUGAGCGGCUCCGUCCAGAAGAACUGAACCAGCAAAAUAUAGAAGCACUAGUAGCUGAAAGCAACCUGAAAAUGGAGAUCCUUCCAGUUAACGAUCUUGACGUUGCUCUUCAAAAUUUUGUGAACAAGGAUGAUAAACUAGCUUUCUACUCAUGCGUUCAGUACAAUCUUCAAGAGACUCGUGGUAAACUUGCAAAAGAUUCAGAUGCCCAGAAAUUUGAGGAGGACGAUCUGAUUCUUAAAGUGGGAGAGUGCUUAGAGGAACGCUUGAAAGAUAGGUCAACUCGACCCAGUGGUUCCUCACAGUUUUUAUCCACUGGAUUGACAUCAGAGAAUUUGACGAAAAGAAGCAGUGGCAUCGCGAAUGCUUCUUUCAGUGAUGAUGAAGACACGACUCAGAUCUCUGGUUCAGUGCCUGCCACUAGAGGACGGAGAGGUUCAUCCACUGGUACAUCUCGUGGCAGAGCUAAAGCCCCAACCAGAGGAAGAGGCCGAGGCAAGGCCUCAAGUGCGAUGAAGCAAACCACUCUUGAUGGUUCUCUUGGUUUGCGCCAGUCUCAGAGAUCUGCUUCAGCUUCCUUCAAAAGUGCUUCUACCAUUGUAGAAGACGAUGUAGAUUCUCCUUCAAGCGAAGAAGCAGAGCCUGAAGAUCUUAACCAAGUUGACAGCAGUUCGGAGGAGGAAGAGAACACUAGAGGCAAAGGACGGAAAAGACAAGCUACUACUAAGAGAGGCAGAGGUAGAGGUACGGUGACAUCAAAACGUGGUAGAAAAAACGAAAGCUCUUCUUCACUUCAUAGGCUGCUCAGUAGCAAAGACGAAGACGAGGACGAAGAUGAUGAAGAUAUUGAAAAGAAGCUAAACAGAUCUCAGCCUCGGGUUACAAGGAACUAUGGAGCUCUAAGAAGAUAAAAUGGCAAGCUCUCCGACGUCCCAGCUCACAACGAAGCUUUAUAGUGUGUUCUCUUCAUUUGUAGCGACUUCUCACGCCAAAUAACGCUGAAAAGAGCAACCAAACACUGAUGAGUCUUUGUGAAAUGUGUAGUGAGAAUUUUGUAGUGUACUUUUUACCGUGCUCUUUUUGAGUUUUGUUGUUGAUCAAUGAGGAAAUAUAUUUUAUAUCA